CUCAGUAUACUGUAUUUACCAGAUCAGCCUAGAGAACGAAGAAGAAAACAACAUGACGACCUCACCUACAGUAAGAAGAGCCCAGGUUUUAAACAAGCAAUAACGUCCUGAUGAAUAAUAUUGUAGAUGGACUCAUUUUAUGCAGUCUAUUAAAACCACAGCAUUCAAGCAGCAGACACUCCACCACUGCUGUGAUGGCACAACGAGGAGCAGGCAGGCUGAAGGUUAUAAUCAAACAGCCUGCCAUUACACAGAAAGUGGAUUUGACCACUGGUCAUUCAGUAAAGCUGAGGACUAGACACCUGCGCUGUGCCUAAUUAUCAGGUAGCAUCAGCGUCCACUGGGAGUGGCCCUCUGUGGGGCCGGCAGCGCAUAAAAAGCCAGAGCAGCGCUGUGGAAAACACCAUCACCCGGCAUCAUCUCCAGCAUCAUCACCGACUCCAGCCGCGUUGCCGUUGCACAAGACGCUGCCAAAAUGAAGCUGGCCAUCCUGUGCCUGUGUCUGGCCUCGGCCUCGGCUGCGCCCUCGCCGUUUCAUUACACGCCUCAUUUCGCCGGACCCAGACAGCAGGCGAAACCUCUGCCUUUCUCAGCUGGUCAGCCCCUCCCCCAGCCUCCAAUGACUGGCGCCUAUAGUGUAGAACUAAUCUAUCCCAGUUUUCCUGCAGGAACGGCUGGAACAAAUGGAGGCCUGCCCUUUCCCGCCUAUGGUUUCCUCAAGUACUCCAUUCCUCAGCCACCAGGCAGACAGAGUGUUGAAGUUGUAAGUGCCUUUCUUUUUUCAUACACGCAGUUUUGCAAAAACAGUUUGUUGAUUAUUUUCUUGUGCUGACUUAUUUACAGUAUUACCCUAU